AGUUGGCCGUUGCAUGUAUCCUCAUCUAUAAUAAGAAAGCUCUCGCUACCUCUCUACAAACCUCAAACAAAAAUGAGUUUCCUUGUAUUCUUGAAGCUGUUAGCUUGUGUCCUUUUCUUUUUGUUCCUAAUAUUGUCUUUCACAAAGAGGAAAAACAAAGUAAAAAACCUCCCUCCAAGUCCUAGGAAACUGCCUAUAUUAGGAAACCUUCACCAAAUUGGGAAAUUGCCUCAUCUUUCGCUUCAAAAACUUUCCAAUGAAUAUGGGGAUUUCAUUUUCUUGCAAUUAGGUUCUGUCCCAACUGUUGUUGUCUCCUCUGCUGAUGUUGCUAGAGAGAUCUUUAGAACACACGAUGUUGCUUUCUCUGGCCGUCCUGCCUUAUAUUCUGCCAGAAAACUUACCUAUAAUCUUUCUAACGUGUCUUUCGCACCCUAUGCUAUGAAGUUUUUGGGUUAUGAUGACGUGGAUAUUGUUGUAGCGGAAACGGGUUGGCCUUCUUCGGGUGACCCGAAUCAACCCGGUGUUAGUUUGGAGAAAGCUGUUUCGUAUAAUGUGAAUCUUGUGAAGCAUGUGAAUUCUGCGGUGGGAACUCCAUUGAUGCCAAACAGGACCUUUGAGACUUAUGUUUUCUCAUUGUUUAAUGAGGACCUUAAGGCUGGCACUUCGGAGCGUAACUUCGGGUUGUUCCGACCCGACUUCACACCCGUUUACGAUGUGGGCAUUCUGCGUAACGCACAGGCUUCUCCGCCUGCUAUGGCACCAGAAAUAGGGAAGAAAUGGUGUGUGCCAAAGGCUGAUGCUAGUGAUGCUGCUUUGCAGUCGAACAUAGACUUUGUGUGCAGCUCUGGAAUAGAUUGUCAACCUAUACAAGAUGGUGGCCCCUGCUACGAACCCAAUACUAUCAGAGCUCAUGCAGCUUACGCCAUGAAUGCUUAUUAUCAAGCAAAUGGUCGUAAAAUGUUUGAUUGUAACUUCAUUAAUACCGGUGUUGUCACCAACUAUGAUCCUAGUUACGAAGAAUGUACGUAUGCUGCUUAAAGGAGUAACUGAGGACCCAGUAAGUCGCUGUCUCUUUCUUUCGAGCAUUGGAUCUCGUGGUUAGAUAAUAGAGUAUACAUUUUGGCAGAGUCCAGUGGGUUAUGAUGCUGUAACUUAUUGUGAUUUUCAAGUUUGAAGAGUUCAAUGUUAAUUUUGCAUAUGGAUGAUAUCUAUAUUUUAUAUGCAAUGCAAGCUUUUUUGGA